AUGCUGCUGCCCAGUUUUUCUCUCCUCGCAGGCGCGCUGCUCGCCCAGGUCUCGGUAGCCCAAGCCCAAUGUGGUUCAGGCACUCCGGACGCCAGGGUGACCGGCUCGGGAAGCUCAUUCACGGCUACUAGGGGCUCGACCACAGUCUACUCUGGCUCCGAUUACCGAGCUGCAAUCCAGGCAGCCGUCGACUCGAUUAGCAGUGGUCAGCGCGUCGCCGUCAUGGCUUCGGGCUCCAUCGGGGCCAACACGAUCACCAUCGGCAGCGGCAAAACCUUUGAGGGCUGUGGCACCAUCAAUGUCGGCAACAAGGCUGGGAGAGGCGCCAUCGAGUCGCUGAACACAGCCGACGUCAAGAUUCCGUACCUGACCAUGACGGGAAAUCCCUACUUCGGCCUCCGCUUCUACGGCACCCGGAACCUGUCCCUUGGCAAGAUCACCAUGAACCUCAGUGGUGGCUUGGGCAUUCGCUUCGACCGCGACGCGGCCGCCAACAGCAACGUGAGCAUGGAUGUGAUUAGCGUCACCGGGGCUGGCAGCCAUGCAGUCGAGACGUGGAACAUUGACGGCCUCAACAUCAACCAGGUCAUUGCCCGGAAUGUGGGCGAGUCUGGCUUGCUACUCCAGGCGACCCGCAACGCCUGGGUCGGAUUAGUCGAUGGCAACAACGUCGGGGCGGGGACCGGGUACGCUACGUUCCGGAUGGCCAACAACAACGGCCAACUUGCCAAUGGCAACUACAACACCAACGUGUAUAUCGACAAGGUCAUCUCGCGCGGUGGCGGCCGCGGCAUCUUUUGCGUGUCACGGUCGGGCGCCGUCGUCAUCAAAGAAGUCGACCUUGCAAACAACGGCAACAACGCGAUCCUCAUUGAAAACUGCUACAACGUUUCCAUCCGCGGUGGCACUGUCAAUGGAGGUGGCGAGGUGAGGCUGGCUGCCCGCUCCGAAUUCCCCAACAACAAGGACAUUUGGAUCACCCUGUCGGUCAGCGGCACGUCGGUUCGGGAGUCGCCUUGCGGUGAGAACACCAAUUGGACACUGUCGGGCAGCGGGACCAGGAAUAUCUGCUAG